CCCACCCCCACCCCACCCCACCCCUUACAGACAGUGAAACUGUCCGCUUCACAUCAGCAGUGACCCAGUGCCAGUGUGGGAAUCGCGGACCAUGGACACACACAGAGCACUCGGUGCUGUCGCCCUCGCCUCCCUUCUCCUCCUCUCUUCAUGCUCCGCCAGCAGAAAGCUGCUCGUUUUCCUCAUCGACGGCUUUCGCUAUGACUACAUCGGCGACAAGGCGCUGCAGAGUUUGCCGGGGUUGCGAGAGAUGGUGCAAAUGGGCGUCAGGGUCCAACACCUAACCCCCGAUUUCCCCAGCUUAUCCUAUCCCAACUAUUACUCCCUCAUGACCGGACUUCAUGCUGAGGUACAUCAGAUUACUGGAAAUUUUAUGUGGGAUGAGAAGACAAACACGUCCUUUCUGAUCGGUGAGAACGAUGACAGUCGACUACCGAUGUGGUGGAAUUCUUCCGAACCGAUUUGGGUCACCAUGAUGAAGAAUAACCGCAAGGUUUACAUGUACUACUGGCCUGGUUGUGAAAUAGAGAUUCGGAAGGUGAAGCCAACAUACUGUCGACCGUACUACUACUUUCCGCCUGACAGCCUCUUCCAAGCCGCCGUCUCGGACGCUGUUGAUGUGUUGAGGCAGGGGAAAGCAGAUAUGGCAGCAGUGUACUAUGAAAACAUCGACAUGGAAGGCCACCACCAUGGGCCCUGGUCCAAGCAGAGGAUUGAGGCCACCCACGUGUUGGAUGGGACUUUAAGACAGAUGAACAAGAAAAUUAAGGAGGUGGGCCUCCAGAAUGACUUGAACGUCAUUCUGUUUUCAGAUCACGGAAUGGCAGACAUUUUCUGGAUGGACAAGGUAAUCGAACUGGAUCAAUACAUAGACAUGAAGGAGAUAUUGGUCAUGAUGGAUCGAGGCGUCGUGGUGAGCAUGUGGCCUCACGAAGGCAAGCUGAACAAGGUUUACAGCGGCUUGAAGCAAGUAAAGGAGAUGAACGUAUACAAGAAGGAUGAAAUUCCAGACCGAUUUCAUUAUAAAGGUGGAAAGUUUGUUGCUCCGCUUACCCUCGUUGCUCAACCUGGGUGGUUUAUUAUUGAGAAUAUACAGAAGUUGCCGUACUGGGACAAUGGAACAGGGAGUAAACAAGGUUGGCAACAUGGUUGGCAUGGCUAUGACAACGAGCACAUGGACAUGAAGGGAUUCUUUCUGGCAUACGGCCCAGAUUUCAGAAGGAGCUUCGAGGCACCACCGAUGAGGGUGGUUGACGUGUACAACGUCAUGUGCCAUGUUGCUGGAAUGAAGCCGCUGCCCAACAAUGGUUCCUGGUCCAAUGUGGCCUCAAUGCUGAACAACGAGGCCGCUCUACCCCUCGACACCACCACCGCCAUCACCAUGGCGACAGGAACGAUCGCCUGGCUGCUUCUCCAACACGUGUAGGAUGGAACUGCAGGUGCUGGUUUACACUGGAGAAAGACACAAAACGCUGGAGUCACUAUCUUUGAUCGGACUUUGCUGGCUUUACCUUGCACUAAACGGUAUUCCCACAUCAUGUAUCUGUACACUGUGAAUGGAUCAAUUGUUAUCAUGUAUUGUCUUUCUGCUGAUUGGAUAGCACGCAACAAAAAGCUUGUUGCUCUACCUCGGUACACGUGACAAUAAACUAAACUAAACCUGCAAUAUCCGUGUACCUGUCCAAAUGUUUUUUUAAAUGCUGUGAUGGUCCCUGCUUGAAAGUUGCAACAGUGCCUUUCAGUUUAGUUUAUUAUCAAAUGAUGCUGCCUGACCCGCUGAGUUACUCCAGCACUCUGUGAAACGUCACCUAUCCAUGUUCUCCAGUGUUGCUGCCUGACCCGCUGAGUUACUCCAGCACUCUGUGAAACGUCACCUAUCCAUGUUCUCUAGUGAUGCUGCCUGACCCGCUUAGUUACUCCAGCACUCUGUGAAACGUCACCUAUUCAUGUUCUCCACAGAUGCUGCCUGACCCGCUGAGUUACUCCAGCAUUUUGUGUUUGUGAUUUUUCAUAAGCGAUUGGAGUAGAAUUGGGCCAUUCGGCCCUUCAAGUCUACCCCGCCAUUCAAUCAUGGCUGAUCUAUCUCUCCUAAUACCCAUUCUCCUGUUUUCUCCCCUUAACUCCUGACACCCAUACUAAAUAAAAUGUCAAUCUCCGCCUGAAAAAUAUCCAUUGACAGCCUUCUGUGGCAAAGAAUUCCACAGAUUCACCACCCUCUAAAGAAGUUCCUCCUCAUCUCCUUCCUAAAGAUGGCCUUUAGUUCCGAGGCUCUCCCACUAGUGGAAACAUCCUCUCCACAUCCACUCUAUCCAGUCUUUUCACUGUCUGAAGAAGGGUUUCAGCCUGAAAUGUUGCCUAUUCCUGCUGCCUCACCCGCUGAGUUUCUCCAGCACUUUUGUCUACCUUCGAUUUUCCAGCAUCUGCAGUUCCUUCUUAAACUUUCAAUGUUUAUAAUCCUUUCUAAUUAAAAAAAAAAAUUUGAAUCAUAAUCUUUGCAUUUUAGCAAGAAUUGUUAAUGUUUCGAUUUUCUUCUAACAUUGAAAUGUGAGGUAAAAUUUUGAUUGUGUUUAUCUUUUAAAAUAUAUUUUGGGGACAAAGAUUUAUAAUAAUAUUUUCGAUUUUCAUAACAAUAAUUGCUUAAAUCGCAUUCUUGAAAAUGACUUUAUCGGUGGCACGGUGGUGCAGCGGUAGAGUUGCUGCCUCACAGCGCCAGAGACCCGGGUUCCAUCCCGACUACAGGUGCUGUCUGUACUGAGUUUGUACGUUCUCCCCGUGGGUUUUCUCUGGCUUGCUCCGGUUUCCUCCCGCACUCCAAAGACGUGCAGAUUUGUAGGUUAAUUGGCUAGCGGUUCAGGCAGCAUCCCUGGCAUUUCGGUUUGGAACCCUUCUUCAGACUGAUACUAGGGGGGGGGAAGGGAACUAGAGGUAGGAAAAUGUCAGUACAAAGCAGGGCCGGUAACAGACGGCCAAGGAAGGGUAGAGUCCACAAUGGUCCAUUGUUGGCUGGGGAAGAGGUGAUGACAUGGGGAUACAAUGAUGUGAACAGUGGAACUGGCAGGACAACUAGGGUGGGGAAGAGAGAGGGAUGGAACGCAGGGCUUAAAUAAAAUUAGUGAAAUCCAUGUUCAUACCGCUGGGUUUAAUUUAGUUUAGUUAAUUGUUACAGUGCAGAAACAGGCCCUUCGGCCCAUCGAGUCGACGCCGACCGGCGAUCCCCACAAACUAGCACUAUGAGAGGGGAUCUUAUCGAAACAUAUAAGAUUAUUAAAGGUUUGGACACACGCCAGAGGCAGGAAACAUGUUCCCGAUGUUGGGGAAGUCCAGAACCAGGGGCACAGUUUAAGAAUAUAGGGUAAGCUAUUUAGAACGGAGACGAGGGAACACUUUUUCACACAGAGAGUUGUGAGUCUGUGGAAUUCUCUGCCUCAAAGGGCGGUGGAGGCCGGUUCGCUGGAUACUUUCAAGGGAGAGCUAGAUACGGCUCUUAAAGAUAGCGGAAUAAGCGGAUUUUGGGGAGAAGGCAGGAACAGGGUACUGAUUGGGGAUGAGCAGUCAUGAUCACAUUGAAUGGCGGUGCUGGCUCGAAGAGCUGAAUGGCCUACUCCUGCAUCCUACAUUCCCGGGCACCAUUUAAAAUGUUACCAAAGCCAAUUAGCGAACAAACCUACACGUCUUUAGGGUGUGGGGGGAAACCGGAGCACCCAGAGAAAACCCACACAGUCACGGGGAGAACGUACGAACUCCGUACAGACAGCAGCCGUGGUCAGGAUUGAACCCGGGUCUCUGGCGCUAUAAGGCAGCAACUCUACCCGCUGCGCCACCAUGCCGCCCCAUCUACCCUCUAGUCCCGAAUGGUUAAAUCACAGUGUAGGCAUGUCGAACAAGCAUUAAGUUACGAAUAUACAAGCCUACUCCCAUCAAUAUAAAAACUUAUUUUUCCUUUGACAGAUUAAAAUUAAUUAAUGAAAUCUCGAUUGUUAUCACAAUUGUCUCUAUUUUACCAUUCAAACUUAAAAGCUGCUGGUUUAUGGUCAUUGGUUUAGUAAAGAUGAACUUUUUAAGUUGUAUGCAAGUUGGUGGAAAUAAAGGAUAAUUUGUCACAG